AUGCUCUCUAAGGCAGUUCUCAGCACCUCGCUGCUCUCGGCGCUUGUUGCUGCCGCACCUAAGCCUCAGGUGUCCGGUUACGCCAACGCCGAUGCCUCGUUCUCGGUCGAGUACCCUACUGGUACACCUGCUGCCAGCUUCGGCCCUGACUCCCAGAUUGCUGCUCAGCCCACGCAGUCUGGCUCUGCCUACCCUCGCGUCAGCGCCGACCCCACUGGUGCUACCAGCCACGGUCCCUUCUCUGGCACACCCACCACCACUGGAGCUGCUAAGGCGCCUGCCACUCUCGGCACUGCCAUUGCUCCUCUCCCUCCCAACCCUACCGCCACCUACUACAAUACCAAUGGCUCUCCCCAGAACCCCAUGCCGAUCCCCUACACUCCGGCUGGUGGUCUCGGCACCAAUGGUAGUGAGCCUCGCUACAUGGUGAACUCCGACUUCGACUACGAGUCCAUCCAGCUUGGUCUGUACCAGGAGUGGAUUGAGCUUGACCUGUUCAACAACGGUCUUGCCGUCUUCUCUGAAGAGGACUUUCUCGAGGCCGGCCUCACUGCUGAGGAUCGCGCUUAUAUUGCCUUCAUGGCGAUCCAGGAGACUGGCCACGCUUCUCUCCUUACCAAUAUGCUUGGCGAGACUGCUGCUCCCCAGUGCACAUACGACUACCCCUUCCGUACUGUCCGUGAGUUCAUCGACUUCAACCAGAAGCUUACCCGCUGGGGUGAGUCUGGUGUUUGGGGCUUUAUCAACCACCUCGACUCUCGCGAGGUUGGUCAGCUCCUUUCCCAGUCCAUCGCCACUGAGGCUCGCCAGCAGAUGUCUUUCCGCCAAAUGCUUGGUCUCCACCCCAUGCCUGUCUGGUUUGAGACCGGUAUUCCCCAGUCGUGGGCCUGGACCUACCUUGCUCCCUAUAUCAGCUCCUGCCCGGAAAACACCACCCGCCUGGCAUGGCAGAACUUUCCCACGCUUCACAUCGUGAACCAGGCCAACCCCAACCGCUUCUCACCCAACGACACUAAGCCCAACGAGGUCGCCGGCAACCGCAUCGCUGAUCCUGCAGACUCCACCAUUCCCGCUGAUGAGUCCUGCGUCGGCGUCGACCCUUUGGAGAACCCCGGUUACAGCUGUGCGCCCGGCAUUGUCCGCAACCGCUCCGAGCCUCUCUCCUUCCCCGGGAAGCUCGUAAACCUGACCUGGGAGCAGCCUGGCCAGGCCGUUGGUCCCAACAACUCCUACAUCACCGCUACCUCCGCCGGCACCCCUGUGUUCGCUGCCUGGGUCAGCCAGCUCAACCUCACCUACACUCCCUUGACUAUGACUGGCAAUAACACUGGGUACACCUACCAGCCUUCCAGCGAGGUCUACCAGGGUGAUCCCGCUGCCAACGAUACUAUGUUCUUGGCUAUCACUGACAGCAACCCCUACCUCACCCCUUUCAACCUGAGCAUGAUCAACCCUCAUGUUGUUGCUCUUGGCCUGUAUCAGGCUGGUUGA